AUGUCCAAACUCCGCGCCAAGCAAACACGGCUGCGAAAUUUGAUGACAUCAUUCAACGUAAUCUACGCAUUCAUGGAGCAUUAUGAAGACACCAGGCAUUGCAGUGAGCUGGCUUCGCGGUUGGAGAAGUUAGAGCCACUGUGGGACAAGAUAGACGAAGCUAUGACGGAGACGGAAUUAGCCGACAGAUUCUUGGUCUCUAAAAUUCGGGAUAGCCCCGAGCAUAACUGUGCCCUGCAAUCAUCUCAGGUUUUGGAGUCCACUUUUGCACCCCCGCACCCGCAUGUUAAGCUGCCUUUGAUUAGUCUUCCCAAGUUUUCUGGCAACGUGGAGGAGUGGUUGUCUUUUCGCGAUUUGUUCAUCUCAUUGAUACAUUUCUCGACGGACUUGCCGGACAUCGAAAAAUUCCACUAUCUUAGAAGUCAGUUGGAAGGGGAGGCGUUAGCAGUAAUAGCGUCAUUACCACUUACGCAGGCUAACUACACUGUGGCUUGGGGAUUACUGGUCAAACGGUACUCGAACAGUAAGUGUCUUAAGAAGAAGCAGGUACAAAAUCUAUUCGAUUGUGCAGUCAUGCGGAAAGAAUCAGCAGUGGAACUGCACAAAUUGGUUGAAGGUUUCGAGAAAGCUACCAAGGUCCUAGAUCAGGUGGUGCAGCCAGGCGAUUACAAGGAUCUACUGCUGAUUCAUCUGAUGUGUUCAAGGCUGGAUGAUAAAACGCGGCGAAGCUGGGAAGAACAUGCGUCGACUUUGGAGGAGGAAGGCUUCAAGGAUUUGAUGGAGUUUUUGCUUCGACGCAUCAGGGUGUUGGAUUCUUUACCAAGUAGGCAAUCGGAUACCCAACCCCCAAUGGUUAAAAAGGUUUAUUCAUCUAAGGUCGCUAGCCAUGGAGCAGUCCAAUCGACUCAAUCUAAAUGUUUCUCUUGUUCCGACACGCAUCCACUUUUCACGUGUCCAGUUUUUGGUAAAUUGGCCGUCAUCGAAAGGGAAAAACUGCUGCGGCAACAUUCGUUGUGUAGGAACUGUUUCCGGAAAGGGCAUCAGGCGAAGGAAUGUUCAUCCAAGUUUUCGUGUCGACGAUGUAAGGAACGGCACCACACCUUGGUUUGCUACAAGGAGGAGAAACCCAAUACUCAGCACACAAAUGGGACUGAAAAUCAAUCCAAAGAGGGAAGGGGUCAUAACUCCACUGAAAGGGUAUCUACAGCUAAUGCCGCGGAAGUCACAUCGGUUAGCAGUAAUAUCGGGCGGUCGGGAUCGAAGGUACUUCUAGCUACAGCAGUUCGCGUGGUCGACGAUUAUGGGCACGAGUUUCAUGCGAGAGCGCUCUUGGAUUCCGGAUCGGAGUGCAAUAUUAUCUCCACCCAACUUUCGCAGAAACUGCGUGUCAAGAGAACUAGGGCAGAUAUACAAAUAACAGGUACUGGACAGGUUCCAACGAAGACCAGGGAGAAAGUCCGAGCAACAGUCAAGUCGAGGUUAACAGACUAUUCCGAGACCUUGGAGUUUUAUGUACUGACUAAAGUGACCGAAGAUUUGCCCACAUCAGCCAUCACUGUGAACAACUUGGAGUUACCUGCUGGAAUUCAGUUAGCAGACCCGGAGUUUUUCAAAACUCACACCAUCGAUUUACUUCUUGGUGGGGAGUUCUUUUUCGAUUUCUUCCCGACGAAACAACGAAUUGCCCUUGGCGAACAUAUGCCUUCACUCGUUGAUUCGGUAUUCGGAUGGUUGAUGACUGGUCGUUGUGGUGUGAGUCAAGGUGGGGCAUUAACGGUUUGUCAGCAUACGGCAGUUUCAGAGGCGAUCGAGGAUCUCAUGAACAAAUUUUGGGAGUGUGAGGAGGGGCAUCUUUGCUCGAACUAUUCGGUUGAGGAAACCAGGUGCGAAGAAUAUUUCUCUAAAACAGUAAAGCGAAAGGAGGACGGUCGAUAUUUAGUUGGUUUACCAAAAUCUCAGGAUGGCUUGGCUAAACUGGGUGAGUCAAGAUCUACGGCUUUCCGACGUCUGAUGCUGCUCGAACGGCGACUGGCACGAGAUGAGGCGUUAAAGAAAGAGUACCAUACGUUUAUCUCCGAUUACAAGGAUCGUGGACAUUUAAGGAAGGUUGCUGAAGAACAUCCCGGGGCUAUUACUAGCUAUUAUCUUCCGCAUCACCCGGUAAUAAAGGAUUCAAGUACAACAACCCGCGUCAGAGUGGUUUUUGACGCAUCCAGCAAAUCGUCCACAGGAGUGGCUCUGAAUGACGUACUUCUGAAUGGGCCAGUUAUCCAGGAUGAUUUGCGCACAAUUAUCAUGCGAAGCCGACAGUAUCCAAUUAUUCUAAUCGCAGAUGUUGAGAAGAUGUUUCGGCAAAUUUUGAUGGAUCCCGAAGAUUUGUCGUUACAAAGGAUUCUUUGGCGCUUUUCACCAGACCAACCGGUAGAAACAUACGAAUUGUUGACCGUUACUUACGGUACGAAACCAGCUCCCUUCUUAGCCACCAGAACCUUGAAGCAGUUGUCUAUCGACGAAGCGGCCACCUUUCCUCUGGCGGCUGAACGGAUUGCUAAGGACGUUUACAUGGAUGAUGUUAUCACUGGAGCAAACGACGUGGAGGAGGCAAGGAUCAUCCGAAGUGAACUUGAUGGAUUGCUGCGAACGGGAGGAUUUCGGUUACGCAAAUGGGUUUCGAACAAUGAAGACGCUCUUGUAGGUGUCGCUGAAGAUAAUCUGGCUCUUCCUUUCGAGAACGAUGUCGAUUUUGAUGCCGAACGAACGGUGAAAACUUUGGGUUUGGUUUGGGAGCCUCGUACGGAUACAUUCAGAUUUAAGAUCCAAUUCGAGGAGGUUCAGUCGGUUGCGCUAACUAAACGGAAGGUGCUUUCCUGUAUCGCGAAGGUGUUUGAUCCAUUGGGGCUAGUCGGACCCGUCGUAACGAAGGCGAAGAUGUUUAUGCAGCAAAUUUGGGAGCUUAAGGAUACAGCACAUAAGGCAUUAGGCUGGGACGAUAAUCUGCCGUCAUCGUUAGUAGACUCUUGGACGGAUUUCUAUGCUCAAUUCCCCAAUUUAAAUGAAAUUCGUAUUCCUCGAUUCGUUGCCUGUCCCAAUGCGAUUUCGUUUCAACUACACUCAUUCUCGGAUGCAUCGGAAAAGGCGUACGGUGCCUGCAGUUAUUUGCGUUCUGAAGACAGCAAAGGACAAGUCACGGCGUCGCUCAUCUCGUCCAAAUCUCGAGUUGCACCACUCAAGCGUCAGACGAUUCCCCGGUUAGAGCUGUGUGGAGCACAGCUGGCGGUAGAACUGCAUCAGAAGGUGACGAAGUCUCUCAACCUGACAUGUGAAUCGUUUUUUUGGACGGAUUCCAAAACGGUUCUACAAUGGCUCGCACAGCCACCGAAUACCUGGACGACGUUUGUAGCACAUCGCGUCUCAUUCAUUCAACACUCUACCCAGAACUGUCAUUGGAGGCAUGUACCAGGGAUUCAGAAUCCAGCGGAUCAACUCUCCCGUGGGUUAGAUCCAGGUCAAAUGAUUGUAGAUUCAGCAUGGUGGGAUGGUCCAUUAUGGCUGGUCGCAGAUUGGAAUUCAUGGCCAACGCAAUUAGGAACUCUACCAGAAUCAGAUACACAUGAAAUGGAGAGAAGGAAAACUGUCGUAGCUGUGGUGGUUCCUGUGAAAACGUUCAACGAUUGGUAUUUUGAGCAGUUUUCUGAAUAUACAAAACUCAUCCGUGUUACAGCAUAUUGCCGGAGAUAUUUAAGAAACCUUCGCACGGGAGCAGAGAAAAGAUUACGGUCUUUACCACUUACCACCCAGGAACUAAGCGAAGCAGAAAUGUGUCUCGUUCAGCUGGUCCAGCAGGAGGCCUUUCCCAAGGAGCUCAAGGCACUUUUCACAAACGAACCGGUUCACCGAGGAUCCAAACUUCGCUGGUUCAACCCAGUGCUUACCAAGGAGGGAAUCAUUCGAAUUGGAGGUCGAUUGGCGAAUUCUAGUAUUCCCGAAGAAACUAAACAUCCUAUGGUCAUUCCAGGAAACCAUAAAUUCUCAAAGCUUCUCGCCAGCAGCUAUCACAAAACACUCUUGCAUGCGGGUCCUCAACUCCUGUUGAACUCAAUUCGAUUACGUUUUUGGCCACUUGGAGGGCGAAAUCUAUGCCGUUUAACAACUCAUCGUUGUCUAAUGUGUUACCGAGCUAAACCGAAACUUCAACAACAAUUCAUGGCUCAAUUACCUGCACCAAGAAUCACCGCAGCUCGUCCAUUCACUACAACAGGCGUCGAUUAUUUUGGUCCUGUAUAUAUUCGCCAAGGCUACCGGAAGGGAUCAACGAAGGCUUACGUAGCGGUGUUUAUCUGCUUCUGUACGAAGGCAGUACAUUUAGAGCUGGUUUCCGACUUGUCUACUGCAAGGUUCAUCCAAGCUCUACGAAGGUUUACAGCACGGAGAGGAAAAUGUUCGGAUAUUUAUUCCGACAAUGGAACCAACUUUGUCGGUGCACGCAACAGUAUAGCAGAACUCCUUCGUAACUUAAGAGACCGCAACCACCACGAAGCAAUUCAGAAAGAGUGCAGCAACAAUGGCAUCACAUGGCACUUUAACCCUCCUGCCGCCCCUCACUUCGGCGGACUAUGGGAAGCCGCAGUACGCUCCGCUAAGAAACACUUGCUCCGUGUCUUAGGCAAUUCCUCCGUCUCUUAUGAAGAUUUUACAACCCUCCUAGCCCAAGUAGAAGGUUGUCUUAAUUCCAGGCCCCUCACACAGCUUUCGGACGACCCCACAGAUCUCCAACCGCUCACACCAGCUCACUUUCUUGUUGGAUCAUCGCUACAAGCACUUCCCGACAAGAACUAUAACAGUGUUCCAGCCAACCGGCUCUCACACUGGCAGCUAAUCCAGCAACAGCUUCAACACUUUUGGCGCAGAUGGCAUACCGAAUAUCUGUCGCAGCUUCAGGCACGAGUGAAGAAUUGGCAGCCAGCAGUCAAUAUCGAGCCCGGCAGACUUGUCAUCAUUGUCGAUGAAAACCAACCACCGAUGAAAUGGAAAUUGGCACGGAUUCACCAAAUACAUCCAGGCGACGGCGGUGUAGUUCGAGUCGUCACUCUACGAACUUUGACUGGUUACCUGACGCGACCGGUGACCAAAAUAUGUCUGCUACCACUACCGUCAGCAGAUGAGGAGAAAACUAGUAAUCAGCCCAUCUUUUCCGUGUCCCACCCGUCUCGAAAUUUCUCCUUUGCGGCUGACGGCGAGGACGACGACGUCGACGGCGGCGGCGAUGAUGAUGAUGAUGAUACUCAUGGUAAUGAAAACGGUACAAAGGAGAAUAGAGCACUGAUGGAACGCGAUAUCUUUCCACUCUAG